GACACAGGGAGGGAGGUAUAGACAGUCAGAUAGAGAGAUACAGGAAGGGAGACAGAGAUAGAUACACAUACAGAAAGAUAGACAAACGCAGGGACAGAGAGACAGAUAGAGAGAGAGAGAGAAACGGCGGAUGUAAAUGUCGGGGAGCAGAAGUGAGACAGAAAUAGAGAGAGGGAGAUAUAUUUAGAGAGAAAGACGGGUUGGGAGACAGGGAUAGAGAUAGGGAGAAGAAAGACUGGAAUACAGAGAGAUAGAGAUAAUGAUGGUGAAAUACAGAGACUCAGGCAGUGAAUGAGAGACAGAGAGAGGGAGGGAGACAGUUAGAUCCCUGAGAGAGGGAGUCACAGUCUUAUGCAAAUCCUGAGCAGCUAAAGUGCCAUCAGCUCCUCGCCAGCAUUUCACUCUUCCUCCCCUCUCUGCUCCAUCCCUCCGUUUCCCCCUCCUCCUCCCUCUUUCCUCCUCCUCUCCUUCCCCCUUUUCCUUUUCCCGUCCCUCCUUCCUUCCCUGCCUCUCCUUCCUUCCCCCCCCCCCUCUCUCUUCUUGCACUUGCCUUUGCUGCGUGAGCAGCUCAGGGAGCUGACAGUGGCUGGAGCGGUAUGGAGAAGACGCCACCUUUCCUGUGUGGGAUUGUGGAAGGUUUCUAUGGCAGGCCAUGGUCCAUGGAACAGAGGAUGGUGCUGUUCAAGUGGAUGCAGAGAUGGGGACUCAACAUCUACAUGUACGGCCCGAAGGAUGACCUGAAGCACAGGCUGUUAUGGAGAGAGACGUACUCAGCAGAAGAGUCAGUGCAGCUGAAGGCCUUGGUCUUGGCCGCCCAGGAGUGCGGGGUUGAGUUUGUGUACGCGAUCUCCCCGGGACAGGACAUCACCUUCUCCAGCUCGUGUGACCUGAGCUUACUGAAGCAGAAACUGAGGCAGGUCAAAGGAUUUGGGUGCAUGGCCUUCGCCAUCUUGUUUGAUGACAUCGACCACGCCAUGUGCCCCACCGACAAAGAAACCUUCAGCUCAUUCGCUCAUGCUCAGACGUCAGUGGCCAAUGAGAUCUACCAGUACUUGGGGGAGCCUCCCAUCUUCUUGUUCUGCCCGACUGAAUACUGCAGCUCCCUGUGCUACCCCAGCCUCAGCAAGUCCUACUACCUGAAGGUCAUAGGGAACGAGCUUCAGCCUGGCAUCGGCAUCAUCUGGACAGGGUCCACUGUUAUCUCCAAAGAGAUCACUCCCGAGUCGGUGGAGGAGGUUCAAGUGGUCAUCAAGCGCCGGCCACUGAUAUGGGACAACCUUCAUGCCAAUGACUAUGCCCAGAGACGUGUCUUCCUCGGUCCCUACAAAGGCCGUGCCUCUAGUCUGGUCUCCAAGCUGCAUGGUAUGCUGCUCAAUCCCAACUGUGAGCUGGAGGCCAAUUACCUCCCCAUCCACACCCUGGCCACCUGGUAUAGGUGUGGUCUCAGAGCAACACGAUCGGAUGGUGGUGAGAAGGGCUCUGAGACACGCCAGUACUGCCCCAACGAAGCCCUGAACUUGGCACUGGCUGACUGGGUAAAGGAAGUGAACAGACCUCUGUGCCCAAGUAGGCAGCUGCUUAAGGAGGCAAAAGAAGGACAGGUCAGGGGCAAACCUCAUGACAUGGUUAGCCAGAAUGGGGACGUUGAACCGAAGACUGUGAAGCCAAGUACAAGUGAGAGUGACUUACUUCCCCAGGGCAGCCCAGCGAAAGAGUUGGAGAUGGACAAAACCAAAGAGUCAUUGGGUGAGGAGACCCACAAGGCUCCGAAGAUGGACGUUGGCCAACCAGCGGUAAAAAGUGAGAAGACUUCACCUUUUGGGCCAAGAGAUUCUUUGAACGAUAGCACUGACAAACUAAGAGAUCAGUCAACAGGAACUGGUGACAUUGACUAUCAGAAAUCUUCGGAUGGGCCCCUUCCUCAUGCUGAGGUUCAGGGGGUGACAGAGCAGGACAGGGUCGAGGGCGAGGGCAAGGGACCUCUUUCUCCCCGGGGAAGGGCACCACUCCUCGCUGGCACCUUGACCCUGGCCAAUCUGCGGCUGCUGGUGGACCUCUUUUACCUGCCCUAUGAACAUGGAGAGGAGACAGCUGGCCUUCUCCGGGAGUUCCACUGGCUCAAGGCCAACAGUGACUUUGUUAGUGCAAACGCCAAGAUGGAGCUGAAGAAGGGGGAGGAGUGGAGAGCCCGGGCAUCUGCUUUCCAGCUGGCGUGUGAUAGGAUCGACCAACUCUUUCGACAAUUCAUGAGCAGCUCCAACAGGGCAAUAGUCUACGACCUUUACCCCUACCUCUGGGACAUCAGGAACACACUUGUGGUUGCCAAGGCCUUUGUGAUGUGGCUGGAUGGCAGAAUCGAGAGGGACACCUACUCAUUCAACUCCUGGAUGAACUGUUUCCAGUGGUGUCGUACUGGCAGCGCUCCUGUGGUCCUGGGUGCGGAAGGUGAGACCUGGAUCUACAGAGGAGGCAUUGCGGGAGAGUUCCAGAUGAUGCUGCCAGUAACCAGUAGCAAUGACCUCUUUAACCAGCCUCCUCCACUCUUCCCCACUCUCAAAGCUUACACCAUUCAGCCAUUCCUUCAGGAGAAUAAGAAAGCUUUGUACAACAUAUGCAGGGAGCUCCACAGUGCCAAGUUCCCGGAGAAGGAUCAAGCUAAUGUCUAUCCUGAUCUCAUUGGAGACAGGUUCCUGGGCCAUUUCCUGGCUUUGUCUCCCGACUAUUGCUUCAUCCUGGAGGGUGAGGACGGGGUGUGCGGCUGUGUGGUGGGAGCCCUGGAGGUCUGCUCCUUCUCGAAGGGCUGUGAGGCAGCUUGGUUUCCUGCCAUGCAGGAGAAAUACGCCAAACCUACGGCUCUCCACAACCUUACUCCGACACAGGAGCUGAUCAUGUUCUUCCACAGCAGGAAGCCCAGUUUCCCAGAUUCCUUACUCUAUCACUUCCCAUCACUUCUCCAGUUGAACGUUCCUCCUCAGAUGCUGGAUUCCAGUGAAGCCCGGAAUUUGGUGAUCUGUCUCAUGUCUGCACUGAAAGCUAACGGUUCCCAGGGUGUAUUCUGUGAGCUGAAGCCAAGUGACAAGGAGCAGUUGGAACUUCAUCUCAGCCUGGGUUUCCUGGAACUGCCUGGAGCUGAGGCCUCUGUACCAGGGGCUGUGAUCUUCGGGAGGCUCCUGUAGACCUCACCUGUUUACAGUGGCAUUUGGCAGCCUGGCCUUCCCUGGGGCUGGCCACAAUGCAGUCCCCUUGUUGAGUUUGCACAUUUAAUGGUCACAGUGACAAGAUGGAGACCGUGUGUGUGUUUUUCUGCGGGCCGCGCUCGGUUGGACUGUAACGUUUACUGAAGUUGCUUCCCUUCGCUGUGUUUGGACGUUAACUCUAUGGUUGACUGACAGAUGGUCAGAUUUAGAAACCUUCAUGGAUUAAGAGGGUUGGUGCACUGAGUCCCAGGGCUAAUGAGCAAUUGAUGCAUUUAUGUCUUGGCUUAUCAAAAAGGUGGAUCAGAUAUGAGCUAGACUGACAGUAACCCACCACUUCCCCCCAACGCGCGGACACACGCAUAUGCUCACACAGAGAUGCACACACCAGACACAUACAGAUGCACACAAAGACACACUCACUCAGACAUGUACAAACACACACACAGACAUGUACAGAUGCACACAGACACGUACAGAUGCACACAGGCACAGUCACAGACACACAGGCAUAGACACUGAGACACUUUCAGACGCACACACAGACAUGUACAGAUGCGCACAGAGUCACAGCCACACAGGCAUACACACUGAGACACGUACAGAUGCAUGCACAGUUGCAUAGACACAUGCACAGACAAGCACAGACACUUACAGACACACACAGGCAGAUACAAAUGCACGCAGACACAUGCACUCAGACACAUACAUUCACGCACAGUCACAGUCACAGAUGCGCAGGCAUACACACUGAGACACGUACAGACGCACGCAGACGCGCCACUCUGACACUUACAGGUGCACACAGACACAGUCAUGGACACAGAAAUACGCACUCAGACACUUACAGAUGCAUACAGACACGUACAGACGCACACAGGCAGGUACAAAUGUGCACAGACACAUGCAUUCAGACACUUACAGAUGCACACAGACACUCAGAAAUAUGCGCUCAGACACAGAUGCAUACAUACAUGCGCAUACAGUCGCAUAGACGUGCACAGGCACACAGACGUACAGAUGCACACAGACAGUCUCUCACACAUACUCACUCAGACAUGUACAAAUGCAUACAGAUGCGCAAAGAGUCGCAUAGUCACGUGCACACACACACAGACAUGUACAGAUGCGCGCACACACUCACUCAGUCAUUUACAGAUGUGUACACGUGCACACAGAUACUCGUGCACACACGCGCACACUCACACAUUCUUGGAUGCGUGUGCGGGGACACUCAUGCUCUCUUUCUUACGCACAUAGACUCACUCAUUCCUCUCUGCUUUGCACUUGGAAAUGUAUGUACCCUGAGUGCAGAUCUGAAGGAAAUUGGACCCCACUGUUUGUCUUGUGCAGCCCUGCCAUAAUGACAGAAUUAUAACAUACUCAAUGACAGGUUUGCAGUUGAAGAUAUCGAAGGCACUUGGUUGGAUGCAAGCAGGUGAUAUUAUGGCUAAUCUGUGUCUUAACUCCCACCUACUCCUCACUACAUCCUUCCCUUAUUCCACCAGUAUAUAUUCUGAUAUUUUCGAUUGACAGUUCUUCAGUUUUGGGGAUGUGAGCUUAGCUGGCUGGGCCAGUUUAUUGCCCGUCCCUAGUUGCCCUGGUAGUGGGGGUGGAAGUGCUGCACUCUUGGGAGAUGUGACAGUGCAACAGUGCGGUUUAGAUAGGAGCUCUUAGUGGGAAGGGAGGGAGAGGGAGAGAUUAUUGACUGAGCGCCUGUGUGAAGAAUUCCUUCCUGACACCAGCUCCAUCCAAUAUCACAGUGUGAAUGGAGCUUUAACCCCUGGCUUCUCUUGUGUGUUCCUAUAUGGUUAAACAGCCAGUUAACACUAGGAAUAAAACACUAAAACCAUUGGGCUAAUCUCUAAUACACACUGGGCCUUUCCUGAUGAGAGACCAACACAACAUUAAGCACACUGACAGACUCUACCAUUGGUUCUGGUUCGGUCUACCUUCUACAACUUGAGUGGGUAAAUAUUCAAACCCCUGACUACCUGCUGGAUCAACCUGGUUUCAAGCUGUUUAUGUUGUUGGCUAGCUGGAAGUUCUCUCCAUUUGCAGUUAUGUAAAACAGCAAUGUAUUUGCACCUGACCCUUCUGCCCUCUCCUCCUCCUAUUCCUCUUCAUUUUCACCCUCUCAGUGUAAUCCUCUCAGCUCCAUCAAAUAACUCCCUAAGUUCCCAUUGAAUGAUGCAGCCAAGUGUUUCCAAACCUCACCACCCUCCGCACCCCCUGCCCCGAUCCAGCUCCUCACCCUUGGGUGAACACGUCAGGGAUUUGCAGAUUGAGAGCCUUGUGAAGUGAUGGAGGGGUGAGGAGGCUGAGGAUGCCAUUCUCCAGGUGCUGGGUAGAUGGGCACUUCCGCUAUCAUUGACGAACGGACAGGGUCACCCCAGAGAAAAAUGCAGUCACAGGGAGAGAGGGUAAUGUGGGGGAGAGAGGAUA